CACACCUCAUUCAUUACCUGUACCUACCCAUAUCUCAUCGCCGCCCAAGAACACAUCAGUUUUCAUUAUUGCUAUCUACCUGCUCAAUCGCUCAGGACUACCUAGUUCGCCAUCUUCGACACAUAGUCGCGCAAGCUCAUAACGUUCCGGCCCUCGCUCCCGUGUACAACCGCCCAAGCUACGGGGACGUACAGCUGUCCAUCCUACUCCACCAACGUAGACUCUGUCUCGCCUAGCGAACCUUAAUAAACCCAAUUUCGCAAUGAAAUUGAUGGAUUAGAUAGCCUGAGAAGCUGCUCUUAUACUUGCACGUUCCGCUUGGAUCUAUCGCUACAAUGUCGCGAAAGAACGAGCACGUUCGCCCAGGCGAGACACUCCAGGUCAUUCACGCUUUUGUUGCGAGAAGCCCGGACGAGCUGAGCCUUAGCCGCGGUGACCGUGUUGAGCUUAUCGAAAAGGAUGAUGACUUUGGAGAUGGGUGGUAUCUUGGCAAACACCUACAAAAUGGCAAAACUGGUCUCUUUCCAGAAGUGUACACGCAACCUGCGCCGAAGCCCACAUUGAGUUCGCGCCCUGCCCCUAAGACGCCCAUCUCGGAGCCCGUCACUCCAGCUCUGCCCUCACAGGCUACUAAAAUUGACAGCGUCAGAACUGGAGAUUACUCGAUGAAUGAUAGCAAUAAUAUCCAAGAGGAGAACGAUGUGCCUACAAAUACUGCAGCAUCGUCUAGUACUCUAUCGACUCCAGCCCCGCUUCAAACAUCGGCGCCCAAUGGCUCAAAUAGCAGGUCUAACGUAGGACCGGCAGUGCAAAGAAGCAUUGGCAUGGCUCUCAGUGGGGACGUCGGGAGCCCCGUCAUGAACGAAACCUUGAGUGUCAUAGACGAGCAUAUUACAGACUUGAAUACUCCCAGGCAAAGUGUGGCUGGCCAUGACAGGCGGGCUGCUAACAACGACUCUGGGAGCGAAUACAGCAGUCAUCUAGACCAGAGGAUAUCAUAUAUCCACGGCGAAGAGACGGAUGAAGAGGAGUCUACGUUCCACACCGAAACAGAGGUCUUGACAUGGGAUCCACAACGGGUGGCCGAAUACCUUGAAGAUGCUGGUGUCGCCAAAAAACACUGUGAUGUGUUCAGGGAACAAGAAAUCAAUGGUGAAGCCUUAUUAGGCAUGGAUCAGCCCACUAUAUUUCUCAAAGAGUUUGAUCUUGGCCCUGUUGGUCCGCGGUUGCGAACGUGGAUGAAGAUCAAGGCUUUGCAGCAGGAAGUGAAGAGCGCUGGCACGGUAUCCCGAGGUCCGAGUCAGUACAUGACAGAUGAUACGUCAAGCAACAGAAGUGCUUCCAUGGGUGCGGUGUUGCCACGAAUCCCGAGUCUGGGACAGGUACCUGGUUCACACACACCAACUCGACAAACGACAAGGUCCAGUCUUCCGACCUCGUCAAGGCAUAACAAUACACAAUCUUCCGCCUCGGGAGUAAACACUCGUGAGUCUACACCCCCCUUAGCCCCUGCAGGCUCGGGACACGCGCACAGACCGUCGGCAGCCUCUGUCCGGAGUCUAAACCACAAUCGAAGACACUCUGCUAUUGAAAGCGCUCCAUCUCCUCUCCUUGACGACACUGAAGGCAUCGAGGCUCUUGGUGCCGCCCGGUCUUCGCAUAGGAAAGAGCCCUCGUUCGAUCGUGACUGGACUAUGGGAGGUGGGCCUAAAUCUGCAGAGUCCAUUCGACCAGCAAGCUCUAUAUUUCACUCUCACUCACAAAGUGCUGCGAGUGCCAACAUCACUGGAGCCGCCCCUGUAGAGCAAAAUCGAUCAAACUCAAACUUGUCAGUUGCCGAAGUAGACCGAGGAUACUUCUCUGGAAACGAGCUGGACAAUCGGAAGUCAAUGCGAAACGUUUUACGCAAACGCGACAACCCAUCCCACUCCCGGCAAACGAGCUACAGAAGUGAAUCAUCGAAGAGGGUCACCGACUACGUUGACCAUAGGCAUAGCAGAGUAGCAAGCGCCGACUCACCUGCGUCAAGUAUGUCAGCUGCAGCCUUAGCAUACUAUGGACAGUCUCACCGCAAUUCCGGCAACAAGCGCAAUAACACGGUCCCAUUACUUGAAACUGCCAAACCGUUGACCACAAAAGAUUCGCCCACAGUAACGAAACUGGACUACAGUGGGAACCAUAGCAUUGACGCAGUUGCAAACUCACCUAAGGAUUCUUCAUCAAUGGGACGCGCUUCGCCUUCUCCGGCGACGUCUAGUUCAUUUUUCAAGAAGAAGCGGAUAGUUGGGCUGCGAGCGAUUUCAGACGCUAUUACAGGGGGUGAAAAGGCUUCCUAUGCACCCUCGACUGAUUCUACUCUGGUGGCUUCAUCGCCUAUCAAGGAUUCACCGUUGCAAUCACCGACCCGAACUGGAUCCACGACACCAACGACCACAACGAAGAGCUUUGACAUGAGUGAUCCAGAGAAAGCUAAGAGGACUACCACAGGAUCAAGCAGCAGCGCACCAUCUUUUGCGGCCAAGCGUCGGAAUAAGAAAAUCACCAGUGCUUAUACUCGUGGUCUCGAACAGAAGAGCCCAACGGAGCAGAUGGAAGGAUGUGAUUAUUCCGGCUGGAUGAAGAAGAAGUCUUCUUCUAUGAUGACGACCUGGAAGCCAAGAUUGUUCGUCUUACGCGGUCGCCGCCUUUCAUACUAUUACAGCGAAUUUGACACGGAAGAGAAAGGCCUUAUUGAUAUCUCUUCUCACCGUGUUCUACCUGCCAAUGAAGAGAAACUCACCGGUAUUCAUGCCACUGUCACGAGAGCUAUGGCCUCGCCGUCGUCGCCUAACAACGCAACCAUCACUACCUCGGCCCAAGCUGAUGCUGCCAAAGCUGUCGCAAUUGUAGAUGAUAAUCCUGGAGCAUUCAUCUUCAAGCUCGUUCCACCCCGUAAUGGUAUGUCUCGUGGUGUCAACUUUACCAAGCCUACGGUGCAUUACUUCGCAGUCGACAAUAUCGUACAAGGCCGGCUGUGGAUGGCUGCGUUGAUGAAAGCCACCAUUGACAAGGACCCCGAGGCACAGGUGUUGAGCACGUACAAAGACAAAACAAUCUCGCUGGCGAAAGCCAUGAAGCGCAGAGAGCGUCCGCCUGCCUUGAUGGGAAGCGAUGACGAGUCCGACGCCGGGACGGAAGUCGACGUCAAGCCAGUCGAUAAGGGCCUAGCUAUCAUCGGUCUGGUAUCAGAGAAGGCCGACUCAGGCGUCGGGGACGACAAAAGUCUGCCUAAGGUUAGCUCUGAGAUGGGAGCCUCUGCAGAGCUUGUAGCGACGCCACUUGAGGAGGCACCACCGCCGCCAAUUAAGGACGAGCAGCAUGCUGAAAAGGCGGAAGCCGCUGUCGAGGAGCACCACAGGUUGAGCAUAGCACAAGCCCCUGAGUGAUCUCAGUGCUGUAUCAAUGGAUCUCCCUAAUUCUUGCGACGUGCCUUCCGAUACAGCCUUGAUACCACAGUCUGUUUGCACCAAUGGCAAAGCUUAUACGGUAUUCCCCCUUCCUUACUCAUGUGUUCGUUGGGUUAGCUUCAGUCAAGCGCACUCCUUCUUUGAUGAUACCUUAACAUGUUUUACCCCUUAUAUCUUGAUAACGACUUAAUACAAUGUACGCAUGACUUAUGAUGCUUGGAGAAACUGGAAGAUUGUGGACAUGGAGGUCAAAUCGUUCUUCGAGGUGGUUUGGUUAUGGUAUUGACGCUGUGCCAGACGCACAUAAAUAGUAUAUAGCUAGCUGAUGAGCUUACACUUAUCUUCAAUUGGCACAAGAAAUUGACUAGAAUACCCCCUACUUCA